AAUAUCAUUGAUAGACUCAAAAGGAAAGGCGCUAGCUAGCUCGCUAGCCAGUUCAGUGGUUCUGGUUCUUGACUGUCAACAACUUUACAUGAAAUUAGACAGUUUAUCAUGUCAUUUUAUCGCCGAAUCUUUGAAAUAUUGAAAAAUCAAAACAUGCAAAAAACAUUUUUAGUGGCUUAAAAAGCUUUUAGUGUUUUGCUAAAUAAAAGAAAUAAAAUUAUUCACCACAAACUGUGUUACUUAAAACCGACAAUAUGGCAGUCUAUUUAACAAAGAAAAUGCUCUCGAAGAUGAAUAGAUUGAAGUAUCCCUAUAAUGUGCCCAUCGAGGCGGUAGAUGAAGGAAGCAGCAGCAGUAGUAGUGCUGAUCAUUGGCAAAAGUUGAUGUCUGAGACCAAUAAGAAAACGGUUCAGUUAGCCAAAGAUAUGAUAUGCAGGGUGUGUGCUCGAAGUGGGUGUACUCCACUCAGUGAUAAAAUUGAUGGCUGCGAAAUUAUGUGCACAAUUCGGAGUCUGACUAAUGUAUCUAUUGAGGCUGAUGAUUCUUUGCCCAAAUAUAUAUGCACCAAUUGUUUGGAAUCACUUAAAUUUGCAAUGAACUUUAAAAAAACAUGUGAAGCCUCUGAUAAGAAGUUUAGGAAGAUAUUACAUCCUACAGGUGUGCCUGAACCAUCAUAUCCGUAUUCCAAACAUGACUUCCAACUUAUCCUGCACCAGAUCAAGCAAAAGAGGAUGAGACGAGAGGAGAGAGAAGCUAAGGAACAAAUGAGGAUUGAAAGGAUGCUUGAGAAGAAAUCACCAAGAAUCAAACAGUUCAAAUGUUCACCUUGUGACUUGAUAUUCCCGAAUAAGGAGAAGCUCAUGUCUCAUCGUCGUGAGCGCCAGUGUAUGCGGCGGGCAUGCGACAUCUGCGGCCAACUGGUGCUCAGCAUCACCCAGCACAUGCGACACAUUCACAAGCAGAGCUCCCCACACAAAUGUCUUACCUGUGGCAAAGAGUUCCCCCUCAUUGCCAGACUCAAAAACCAUAUGCUUGUUCACACAAACACUUUCAACUUCUUCUGUGAUUUGUGUCCUUACAAGUGCAAACACAAGUACUAUCUGGUGAUGCACAUGCGUACACACACAGGCGAGAAGCCUUACAAGUGUGCUCAGUGCCCUGCGACCUUUGUCAACCCUUCUAACUUGAACAAACACAAGCUCACUCAUCAAGCCAAACAAUUCAAGUGUAUGCUAUGCGAUAAAGCGUUCCGUACGAACACCGCAUUACGAGAACAUCAGGAAGCGGCUCACAUGAACAUUAAGCACACCUGUAACUAUUGCGGCCGUGAAUUCUGCUACAAGUCGGACCUACGUAAACACGAAAUACGGAGCCAUAACAGAGUGAAACGCGAUUACGUCGGCGGCGAGCCGACUUACAAACAAGUGGAGAGACUGCAGAAAAUACAGGAAACUGAGGCGAUUGACAAAUGGCGCUCUCAAGAGAUGACGGUUACGCAGUCUGUGCCUGUCGUUCAACCCACUUACAUAGAUCAGCCGAAGGAGUUUAUAACCAACCACGCCCUGUACUUCCCUGAUGUUAGCAUGAUACAGCAGCAGCAACAAAUGGUUCAGCAGCAGACUGUGGAGUUGAAUCUACCCGAACUGGCUCUGAAGAAAGAUGAAGUGGAGUUAUACAAAUCCCAGCCGGGAAUCGGAUAUUUUUAAGGCAAACUGAGCAAUUAUAACUGUAUGCAUUUUUUUAGGUAAUAUCAAUAAGAUAUGAAAUAUUAUUCAACGUAACCUUAGAUCGAACUAUAUUAUUUACGCAACAAUUUGUGCUUUGUCCUCCCGUAAAAUGUUCCAAUUUUUAAUUUACUCAAAUGAUGAAAUUCGAACUUUUUCCGUUAGGACAAUGCACACCCAAUUAAUGACAAUUAAGCUAAAUACUUACUUAGGUAUUUUAAUCCAGUGUAGUUUAAUGUACCCAUUAAGUAAAUAAUAAGGUAAAUAUAGAUAUUGAUUAUCUCCA